AUGAAUUCCGGCGGGUCAGAGAGUUCUACUGAACCUACUAAGGGGGGGAUCGAGCUCCAGUUUAUUUCUGAAUCGGUUUCUGAUUCUCAUUUACCUCUACCCCGGAGAGUUCCUGGUACUAUACCGAAGAUCUCCUAUCUAAUAUGCCUGAUAGAAUUUAGUGAAAGGAUGUCCUACUACCUUAUUCAAGGCUGCAUCACUAACCUGGUUCAACGGGACCUUCCUCAUAAUUCCACCACAGGAGCUGUGGUUGACGAUCGGAAUCAUUCCAAUGAAAGCCCCGGAGCAUUGGGCCUUGGCUUACCUGUCGCCACAUUUCUAAUGCAAUUAAUGACUAUGAUAGCCAACCUAUCUCCUUUAGUUAGUGGUUACUAUGCUGAUACUAAGCUCGGAAAGUUUCGGGCCAUAAAGAUAGGUGCCAUAGUAGGUAUCGUCGGCCAUAUCUUGUUAGUCUUUGCCGCCUUACCUCGUGUAUUAAGGCUGGUUCCCUUGUCCUUCGCUAUUACACUAGUUUCGCUAGUCACUGUAGCUGUCAGUGCCGGUUUCAUCAAGCCAAACUUAAUGCCACUACUUAUGGAUCAAUACGUAAGUCAGAAAGACUAUUCAACGACUCUUUCUACUGGUGAAGUUGUUAUUGUCGAUCGUAAAGCUACGCUAGAGAGAAUGACUUUAGUUUAUUAUCUAUUCAUCAAUGUGGGUUGUUUUCUUGCCUUUAUUGGCUCGUUUAUUGAAAGACGGUUUGGAUUCUGGCUCGUGUUUCUUAUCACUGCAUUUCUUUAUUUAAUUCUUCCAUUAUUACUCCGAUUUCUUAAGCCACGGCUCCAGAUUACUCAGCCAACCGGGGAGUCCAUCAUGGAUUCUAUCAUACCGCUUCUAAGGCAGUGUUUCUCCAAAGGUUGGUUAUCAAGGCUUUAUCAUGGUCAGUUCUGGUCCUAUCAUUCACUAAGUCUUUCCGAUAGCGAACCCUCAAAAAUUACCAUAACAGAUCUUAAGAGCACUUUUCAGAACUGUGUAAUCUUCAUCUAUUUCAUCGUAUUCAACGUCAACGAUAGUGCAUUAACCUCUAUUCAAAUCAGCCAGGCUGCUUCCAUGAGAACAAAUGGAAUGCCAAACGAUUUGUUUCAAUCUUUCAAUCCAUUGGCCAUCAUUUUUCUGAUUCCAUUCCAGAACUAUGUUCUCUAUCCUUUUUUGAGACACAAAAGGAUUGUAUUCACUUCUGUCGAUAAGAUAGCAGUGGGCUUUAUCCUUGCUGGACUCGGGUCUCUUUUCGGUGCAAUCAUUCAGAAGAGAAUUUAUCAGACAAACAAAUGUGGCUAUCACGCCUCUACGUGCGACCAGGUGUCGCCAAUUUCCGCUUGGUGGUCCAUCAUUAUGUUCUCCUUACAGGCAUUCGGCGAGUGUUUUGCAACCGUUACGUGCUACGAGUUAGCCUAUUCAAGAUCGCCAGAGAAUAUGAGAAGCUUCGUUAUGGCCCUCUUCUUGACCAGUGUAUCCUCCAGCAGUGUUAUCGGAGAGAUCAUCAGUUACUGGAGUUACGAUCCCAACCUUGUACGAAUAUUUGCCUGGUGUGGAGGUCUGGGUGUUUUGUUUGGCUUUAUUUUCUACUUCCAUUUCCGCUUUCUGAAAGUCGAGGAAUUAAAUAGGAAUGUGCAGUAA